AUGACCAACAAGAGCUACCUUGCAUUUCUUGAAAACACCACGGCUUCAGACAUGCUCUCGCGCACCACCGUCCCGGGCCUCGCUGCCUUGCCCAGUCUUAUCCCCCACCGCGUCCGCAGGAAAUGGAGAGCCACAAAGUCCCGUAUACGCAGUCGCCAGUCCGUCACCUCGUCCAUCGCCUCGCUCGAGACGUCCUUCUCCCCCUCGGACACCCUGCGUUCGCUGCGCACCCACUCGUGGUCCAUAUACGACGCCCAGUAUCUGUUCCUCGCCAUUGUCGCCAUCUUCUCCCUCUCCGUCAGCGAGGCUCCAGGGCCCUUUGCCAAGACGUUUGUUGCGACGCUGCUCAUGACGGGCUUGUGUCUUCCCAUUACUCGCCAAUUCUUGCUCCCAUUGCUUCCUACUCUUACCUGGCUAUUCCUCUUCUCGAGCUGCAAAUACAUCUCCGAAGACUACCGACCUGCCAUUUGGGUCCGCGUCCUCCCCGCUCUCGAGAACAUUCUCUACGGUUCAAACCUGAGCAAUAUUCUCUCUGCCCACAAGCACACCGUCCUUGAUAUCCUUGCAUGGUUGCCUUACGGUGUUGUCCACUACGUAUCGCCCGUCAUUGUUAGCGGAUGCAUGUUCAUCUGGGGUCCCCCAGGAACCCUUCCCAUUUGGGCUCGUGCUUUUGGAUACAUGAACAUCACUGCCGUCCUCAUCCAGAUUGUUUUCCCAUGCUCCCCGCCAUGGUACGAAAACACCUACGGAUUGGCUCCCGCCAACUACAGCAUUCACGGCGACGCUGCAGGUCUCAAGGCCAUUGACAAGCUUACCGGCAUCGACAUCUACACUUCCGCCUUCCUUGGCUCCCCCAUGGUCUUUGGCGCUUUCCCCUCUCUGCACUCUGGAUGGGCUACUUUGGAGACCCUGUUCAUGGGACACGUCUUCCCCAAGCUGUUCCCAGUCUAUGUCUUCUACACCAUGUGGCUGUGGUGGUCGACCAUGUACUUUUCCCACCACUAUGCCGUUGACCUGGUUGCCGGCAGUCUUCUCGCCGGUAUCUGCUACUUCUUCGGCCGCGCAAACUUCCUGCCCCGCCCUCAGGCCGACAAGGAGUUCCGCUGGGACUACGACUUUGUCGAGAUUGGCGACCCAAUGGACCGUGCUGGCUACAGCAUGCUCGACAUCUACGAGGAGUUCCCACCCAAUUCUGAUUCAGACGAUUGGGCUACCGGUUCAUCGUCAUCCUACUCUACUGGCGGUCGCAGCCCAAUUGGUGCUCGUUCACCUACUGAUGACAACCAGAGCCUCUGGGAUGGAGACACAGUCGGAUCCGAUACCGAGCACACUCUCCGCAAAGACUAG